AUCUGAGUAAAGCACCCGAUGCCUUUGCGUGAUGAUCGACGGAUUACCUGAGAAAUGAAUGAUGAUGGAAAAGCCGCUUAAAUACACAGAUGGUCACCCCCGGCAGCGUCCGACGAUCCCUGCAAGAACUCGACUUCAGAGCUUUUGGCUGCGUCAUUCAGCAUUGCACGGACCAUGGUCUUGUUCGCCAAGCCAAGCAACUACAUGCUCGCCUUAUCCUGUUCUCAGUCACACCGGACAACUUCCUUGCCUCAAAGCUUAUCACUUUCUACGCCAAAUCCAACCACAUCUCCGAAGCGCGUAGGGUGUUCGAUGAAAUUCCUCACAGAAAUGUUUUCUCCUGGAAUGCCAUAAUCAUUGGCUACUCAUCUAACGGUCUAUUCCAUCAUGCGCUGAGGCUUUUUUCGUCUUUAUCGUUCUCCGCCAGUGCGCAGCCUGAUGGUUUUUCUAUUACUUCUGUUUUGAAGGUGCUGGCUUCAUUGUCUUUUAGUCCCACUUUUGGAAAACAGAUUCAUGGCUAUGUUCUCCAACGUGGUUUGGAUUCCGACGUUCCUGUUCUUAACGCUUUGGUUACAUAUUACUCCAAAUGUGAUCAGCUUGGAUUCGCGAGGACUAUAUUUGACAGAAUGCCCCGAAGAGAUAUUGUGUCGUGGAAUGCUAUGAUUGCUGGGUAUUCUCAAAAUGGGUUUUAUGAAGAAUGCAAGCAACCGUACUUAGAGAUGCUAGGUUCGACUGGGUUUAAUCCUGAUGCAUUGACAGUUGUUAGUGUGUUGCAGGCCUGUGCUCAGUCAAACGAUCUUAAAUUCGGAAUGGAAGUCCACCGUUUAAUCAAUGCGAAUCAAAUCAAGAUGGAUGUAUCACUUUGCAAUGCUCUGAUCGGAAUGUAUGCAAAAUGUGGUAGCUUGGAUUACGCUCAGGAAUUGUUUGAAGAAAUGGGUGAAAAGGAUGCAAUUACUUAUGUUUCAAUCAUUUCAGGGUAUAUGUUCUAUGGGUUCGUCGACAAAGCCAUGACUUUGUUCCGAGGAAUGAAACAUCCUGGGCUAAGCACCUGGAAUGCUGUAAUAUCUGGUUUGGCUCAAAACAACCAGCAUGGACGAGUCUUGGAUUUAGUUCAAGAAAUGCAGGCUUCGGGUUCUAGACUAAAUACCAUUACACUUUCUAGCAUACUCCCUACAUUUUCCUACUUUUCAAACCUGAGAGGAGGGAAAGAGAUACAUGCUUAUGCUAUCAGGAGAAGUUUCGACCAAACUACAUACGUUGCGACCGCCAUAAUUGAUACUUACGCAAAGUUGGGGUUUAUCCAUGGGGCACAACGGGUUUUUAAUCAAUCAGAAUGUAGAGGCUUGAUAAUUUGGACAGCAAUUAUAUCAGCUUACGCUUCCCAUGGAGAUGCUCGUUCGGCCCUCAUUCUCUUUGGUAAGAUGAUAAAUAGCGGAGUUCAUCCUGACCCUGUGACAUUAACAGCAGUACUGGCUGCUUGUGCUCACUCUGGACAAGUGGAUGAAGCUUGGGAAAUCUUCAACACAAUGUCCUUUAGAUAUGGAAUUCAGCCCUUGGCAGAGCACUAUGCUUGCAUGGUGGGUGUUCUUAGUCGAGCUGGUAAGCUCUUGGAAGCAGCAGACUUCAUUUCUCAAAUGCCAUUUGAGCCAAGUGCUAGAGUUUGGGGUGCUUUACUGCAUGGGGCUUCAGUUUACGGUGAUGUGGAAAUGGGCAAAUUUGCUUGUGAUCAUUUGUUCAAGAUUGAACCAGAGAAUACUGGGAAUUAUGUAAUGAUGGCAAAUUUAUUUUCGCAAGCUGGAAGAUGGGAAGAAGCUAAUGCAGUUAGGGGGGAAAUGGAAGAGAUAGGAUUAAAGAAGAUUCGCGGUAGUAGCUGGAUUGAAACAAGUGGAGGAUUACUAAGCUUCAUCGCUAAAGAUGUUUCGAAUGAAAGAUCUGACGAGAUUUACACAUUGUUGGAAGGAUUGCUCGGAUUAAUGAGAGAAGAAGGAUAUAUUGUGCAAGAAGUAUUAGAUGAUGAAAGUGCUUUUAUUUGACAACUAAAAUAUGGCCAUUAGUCUAGCAUUACAAACUCCUUGCCCCCGGGGGGGGGGGGUCAUUUUACUCA